AUGUCCCAGCUCUCCUCCACGCUGAAGCGCUACACGGACUCCGCCCGCUACGCAGACACCCCUUACGCCAAGGCAGGCUAUGGCUCCUACACUCCCGCCUCCUACGGUGCCACCCUGGCUGCCUCCUUCCUGGAGAAGGAGAAGCGGGCUUUCAAGCCGGGCCCCCCAGCCAGCUUCCUGGCCCGGCCCAGCACCUAUGGCCCUUCCUCCAUCCUGGACUACGACAGGGGCCGCCCCCUGCUGCGGUCAGACGUCCUGGGGGCCGGUAAGAGGGCAGAGAGCCAGGCGCGAGGCCUCGAGCGGCCGGCAGGGAGCGGCCUCAGCGGGGGCAGCGGAUUCCCGUAUGGAGUGACCAGCAGCUCCCUCGGCUACCUGCCCAUGAGUGCCCGCAGCCAGGGGCUGCCCCUGACGCAGAAGAAGUCCAGCAGUCAGCUCGACCUGGCCAGGGACUUCUCCAGCCUUCGGGCCUCGGAGAGCUACCGCCUGGACCCCGGGCCCCUGGGCCGCAGCCCCGGGCUGGCCCGCACCCGCCGGGAGCUGUGCGCCCUGCAGGGCCUCUACCAGGCGGCCAGCCGCUCGGAGUACCUGGCCGACUACCUGGAGAACUACGGGCGCAAGGGCGGCACCCCUCAGCUGCCUGCCCAGGCCCCUCCCUCGCGAGCCCCUGAAGUCCUCAGCCCCACCUUCCGACCCAGCGGCCGGUACACUCUGUGGGAGAAGGGGAAAGGCCUGGCCCCUGGACCCAGCCGCAGCAGCUCCCCAGGGCGGGACACCAUGAACUCUAAGAGCGCCCAGGGUCUGGUCGGCCUGCGCAACCUUGGGAACACGUGCUUCAUGAACGCCAUCCUGCAGUGCCUGAGCAGCACGCGCGAGCUGCGGGACUACUGCCUGCAGCGGCUCUACCUGCGGGACCUGAGCCACAGCAGCCGCGCCAACACGGCCCUCAUGGAAGAGUUCGCCAAGCUCAUCCAGGCCAUGUGGACUUCGCCUCCCGGUGAGGUGGUGAGUCCCUCGGAGUUCAAGACCCAGAUCCAGAGAUACGCCCCACGCUUCGUGGGCUAUAAUCAGCAGGAUGCUCAGGAGUUCCUCCGCUUCCUUCUGGAUGGGCUGCACAAUGAGGUAAACCGAGUCACAGUGAGGCCUAAGUCCACCCCUGAGAACCUCGAUCACCUUCCUGAUGACGAGAAAGGGCGGCAGAUGUGGCGGAAAUACCUGGAGCGGGAAGACAGCCGGAUUGGGGAUCUCUUUGUGGGGCAGCUGAAGAGCGCCCUGACCUGCACGGACUGCGGCCACUGCUCCACGGUCUUCGACCCCUUCUGGGACCUGUCGCUGCCCAUCGCGAAGCGGGGCCAUCCCGAGGUGACCCUACUGGACUGCAUGCGGCUCUUCACCAAAGAGGAUGUGCUCGACGGCGACGAGAAGCCUACGUGCUGCCGCUGCCGCGCCCGCAGACGGUGCCUGAAGAAGUUCUCCAUCCAGCGGUUCCCCAAGGUGCUGGUGCUCCAUCUGAAACGGUUCUCUGAGUCCAGGGUGCGGACCAGCAAGCUCACAACGUUUGUGAACUUCCCGCUGAGAGACCUGGACUUGAGAGAAUUUGCUUCAGAAAACACCAACCACGCUGUUUACAACCUGUACGCUGUGUCCAAUCACUCCGGAACCACCAUGGGCGGUCACUACACUGCGUACUGCCGGAGCCCGGCCACCGGCGAGUGGCACACGUUCAACGACUCCAGCGUCACGCCCAUGUCCUCCGGCCAAGUGCGCUCCAGCGACGCCUACCUGCUCUUCUACGAGCUGGCCAGCCCGCCCUCACGCAUGUAG